UGAGGAGGGAGAAAGCAGAUAAAAGUUUUGGAGAAAGAGUAGGAGAGGGAGAGGGAAGGAGAAAAGAGACUAAAGACAGAGCGGAUAGAGUCCAUGUUAAUGGCAAAAGUAGGAGGAGAUUCAUGGAAAAAGAGGAAGAAGCUCUGUGUUUCAGGAGGCCUCCUGUGCCUCUUCUGCUUCUUCGUCUUUCUGUGAGGCGGCUGGGCAUCAUCCAUCACCAUGUUCUCUGACAGCAGGGUUCCAGCGCCUGGGGAGCAGAAAGGCUUCAAGCCCCACACCCCCCACUUCAUCCCGUGGCUGCGCAAUAGUCUGAAGUCCCACCACAGCAGUGAGGUGGGGCUCAACAGACCGUACAAAUCCAACUCCGAGGCCCGCAACAACGUGACCCCGGUGGAGAGAUCGAAAGGGAUUGGGUUCUUCUCCGUCCAGGGAAAGAACCGUGUGAAGAGGGGUGACCUUCGGAGUAAUGGCGUGGGGAUGGCAAGGAUGCUGCCGGUGGUGCUGAGGGGGCCCCACAUCCUGCAAGGGAGUCUGGGGAAGCAGGAGGAGGACAAGUCUACAGAGUCAGACCCAGACCCCAACACACAGAUCAGCACAGGGGACGGGCUGCAGGGUCUUGCCAACAGUUCCACCUCUGCCCAGGACAACCACACUCUUGUUAGGAACCACAGCAGCCAACUGAGCCUCCUUCACUCACAGAAUGACAGGACUAGCACUUUAGUGAGGAAAUAUGGACCACUAGUGGGACCGCCUCCUGCUCCUGCACAGCUCGCUGAGGAGACAAACUGUAAGGUGCCUGUUGUGGUGUGCAUGGAGGACAGGAGGGGGAAGGUGUGGGACUAUACCAGCCAUACCACCUACUGCCAGAGAGACCUCCACUCAUCCAGCUGGAUCAGCUCAGACACCAAAGGACUAAUAGAGAGGCAGCAUGGGUUCAGUUCCAGCUUCAGCUACAUCAAACAACAGAGCAGGAACUCGCAGAGCCAGAGAGACCUGACAGCGCUGAGGGAACCACCUGUGGAGGGUUUCAAUGGGCCCCUCAAUGGAGUCAUCUUCUCCACUGAGGUUCCUCAGGGAGGCCCUGGCUGUACCACAGCUCCAAAACGCCCCAGGGAACCGAGACCAAGCUCGGAGCGCAUUGCAGUCCUGGACCAGAACCAGACAUGGGUCCAGCAGAGUCCAAACAGUAAAGGGGAGUCACAGAGGAAGGAAGCAGGCUGCAGCAAGAAGCUGGUUCGAAACCAGAUUAAACGGGUGGUGGACAACCUGGAGCAGGUUCUUACAGCGUUGAGGGACGUUCACCAGGAAAUGAAAGAGGUGGUGCAGCAGAUUGACUAUCUAACCUCGUCCAUUGAUCUGAAUGAGGAGGAGCAUCAUGGGACUAGAGAAGGACACAGUGCCAAACCUUCCAGCGACAAUCGCUCCAGUUCAGGUUCCAGCUCAAGCAGUGUGACGUUAGGCAGCACCCAACAGAGGCCCUCAGAGCCUGAAGACCAGCCAGGAACCACAGACUCAUCUGGCACCCUCCGGAGAGAUCCUCAUAGCAGGAACCCAUCUCCAGCAAGUGUGCAGCUGUGCAAGGUGUCCUCUGUGGUUUCAUCAGAGAGGAGUCGAACACUUCAGUUCACCUGUAGUCUUGGGUCUUCUCCCAGACAAGGCGGGCCGCUGCCGUACAACAAUAAUCUCCCUUUAUCUAGUCCCCCUCAAUUUCAAAACCUGACCUCCCAUGACCUUACACUGCCUCUCCAAAGAAGGAUCCCUGUUCGGCCUCCCACUCCUCUCUCCCCUCUAACAGUAAACCUCCAUCCCCCCAACAGCCCCGUUUCACAGCCUAACUCCCCUGGUCCCUCCUCCUCCAUCAGAGUCAGCCCUGUCUCCCCUACCUCCCCUCUGUCGCCAAAGCCUCACCCACCCCCCGCCCUUAGCCCGUCUGUUGUCAUCGAGACCAAAGUAUGGUCUUAUAAAACCCCACAAAGCGACCACCUAUCUGCUGGCCAGCUCUCUCCAUCAUCGACUCAGCCUCCAUCUGCCAGGUACCCACCCACAGCCUCAGAAACUCAAACUGUGUCCAACACUGACAGAGACAGGCGAGCAUCCUCAGCGGGGCCUGUGCACACGGCUUCACAGGUGUGCACUGCCUCUGCAGCCAUAGCUAAGCCACCGAUAGCACAAGGCCGCCGAGGUCGAAAACCUCCACCUUACCCCCACCACAGACUCUUUGAACACACAAAGAAAGUGAAGGAGCCCCGCAAAGCUCCUCCGUAUCCAGAGAAAAGAAGGCUGCUCUCAACCACUGUGUGAGACAACGCGACAGGAGGGGAAGGCUGAUUGAACAGAGCCACAUUCAGAGCACCAGCCACGAGUCCGCAAAAGUGGAGAGUGAUUUAAGGCUCGCCAAGUUGACCUGAGACCGUUUCCAAGGUAACAGGAUUUUGACACAACUUGGGGAUCUGGACAUGGUUAUUUCCUGUUGUGACCCCGGAGGGAGCCUCGACGGUGAGAAAAGGGACACAAAAACAUCCCUGCUGAACAUUUACUGAACUCCAGAGGAUCACCUCUAGACAGACGAGAGAAACAAAACCAAGACCAAACAAGGGCACAGAGCCAGAGCAGGAGGAGGAAACAUGUGCUCUCACUAAUGACAGAGUGUCAGGACUGUCCUUGCAAGGGGAGGGAGGCGUGUCAAGGUGUGCUUCACUUCAACGACGACCACAUCAGACACGGCAGACCUCCGCUAAGUGACUGAGCUCAGAGAGAGUCCAGACAUUAACCUUCCUUCAGACAUUAUGUGAAAAGACACAACGAUUCUGAAUUUGACUUCCUGGACUAAUAAAGUCUUUACAUUACUUUGA